GCCGCCCGACCGAGGCUGCGCCCGCGUCCCCGCGCCCCCAGCCUUUGCGCCGAGACCCCGGCGUGUCCGCGGACCAGCCAGCCUCGGCCACCGUCCCCGGGCAGGCUCCGCAGAUCCCUCCAGGCUCCUGCCUCCGCCCCGAUGAAGAAAACCAACCUGUGGUUCUUGGAGCGGCUUCGUGGGUCAGGGGAGAAUGGAGCUACGGGGGGCGAGGGUGGGGACAGGGCCGCCAAGGGGCCCCUGUACAGCAACGUGCUCACGCCCGACAAGAUCCCGGACUUCUUCAUCCCCCCGAAGCUGCCCGCCGGCCCCACGGAGCCGGAGGCUCAGGCUGAGCUGGGGCCCUCGACCUCGGAGCAGAACCUGGCCUCUGCCGCGCCCCGCCGCGGCCCCCGGAGCCCCCGGCUGCCUGCCAAGCUGGCCGCCGAGAGCAAGAGCCUGCUGAAGGCGGCCACCAGGCAUGUGAUCCAGAUCGAGAGCGCAGAGGACUGGACCGCCGAGGAGGCCGCCACCAACGCCGACCCCCAGGCCCAGGGGGCCAUGUCGCUGCCCUCGGUGCCCAAGGCCCAGACGUCCUAUGGCUUCGCCACGCUGGCCGAGAGCCCCCACACACGGCGCAAGGAGUCUCUGUUCCAUAGCGAGCACGGGGCUCUGGCCCAGGUGGGCUCCCCGGGCACCCGGCGCCGUCGGGGGCGCGUCAAGGCCAACGGGGGCGAUGGGGCGCCCAGGGAGGCCGGCGGUGCCCUCAUGAGCCCCGGCCGCUGCGUCAGUGGCGGGGAGAGCGACACGGGGUCCUCGGCCGAGUCCUCGCCGUUCGGGUCCCCCCUGCUCUCGCGCUCCGUGUCGCUGCUCAAAGGGUUCGCCCAGGACAGCCAGGCCAAGGUGAGCCAGCUGAAGCACUCGGUGGGCCGCCACGGCUCCCCGUCGGCCGACGACAGCACGCCGGACACCAGCCCUGGGGCCCGGCGCCGCCUGGCCCGCAGGGCCACCCCGGAGCCCGGCCCCGAGCCCGGCGCGGCGCCCCGCGCGGAGCACGCUGUGCGCAUAGGCCCGCGGGGCAGCGUGCGGCUGCUGGCGGAGUAUGAGGCGGCCCAGGCCCGCCUGCGCGUGCGCCUGCUGGCGGCCGAGGGCCUCUACGACCGUCUCUGCGACGCCCGCAGCAUCAACUGCUGUGUGGGCCUGUGCUUGGUGCCCGGCAAGCUGCAGAAGCAGCGCAGCACCAUCGUCAAGAACAGCCGCCACCCCGUCUUCAACGAGGACUUCUUCUUCGACGGCCUGGGGCCGGCCAGCGUGCGGAAGCUGGCGCUGAGGAUCAAGGUGGUGAACAAGGGCAGCAGCCUCAAGCGGGACACCCUGCUCGGGGAGAAGGAGCUGCCCCUGACCUCUCUGCUUCCCUUCUUGUAAAGGCCCCCACGCC